AUGUUAGCAGAAAUAUCGUGUUCUACUAAUUCAAAUAGUUCCAAUCAUACAACGACAACAGUUAUAACUAGUCCUGCACCUUCAUAUACUGCACACUUUCCUUCGAAGUUAAAAUCAUUUUUUAAAAUAAGUGGAUCUAAUCAUAAAAAAGAUUCUUCAGUUAGUUCAGCGAAUGAUUGUAACAUUUCCAACGAAGAAAUGGAUUCGUCAUCUUUAACAUCUAUUAUUUCAAAUGGUAGUGAUAAGAUUAUUUUCACUGGUUGUAAAAAUAUUGAAAAAAGUAAAACGAUUGGAUCAAAGUUUUUGAGCAACCAUAGUCAAAAAUUACGACGAGUAGCCUCGGCUCCCAAUGCUAAAGUAUUGAAUAAUGAUAAUAAAUUGGUCAAUAAAUUUUAUAAAGAAGAUUACUUUGAAACCAACAAUAAUAUAAACUUAUCUGUUCAGGCUAGGAUUUUAUCAGAAAUGAAUCGUUCAGGAACUUUUAAACGAACAUAUUCAUCAAAUUCGAUCAAAAUCAAAAGAGUAGAGGUGGGACCUAAUAGUUUUCAAAAAAUUAAAUUGUUGGGAAAAGGUGACGUAGGGAAAGUUUAUUUAGUUAGAGAGAAAAAAUCGAGUAAACUUUACGCUAUGAAAGUUCUAUCAAAAAGGGAAAUGAUUAAGAGAAACAAAAUUAAGCGUGCACUCGCUGAACAGGAAAUAUUGGCAACAUCAAAUCAUCCAUUUAUCGUUACUUUAUACCAUUCCUUCCAAAGUGAAGAAUAUUUGUAUUUAUGUAUGGAAUAUUGCAUGGGAGGAGAAUUCUUUCGUGAGGAAGAUGCGAAAUUUUAUGCUGCUGAAGUCAUUGCCGCAUUAGAAUAUUUACAUUUGAUGGGUUUCAUUUAUCGAGAUUUGAAACCUGAAAAUAUAUUAUUACAUCAGUCAGGGCAUAUUAUGCUUUCAGAUUUUGAUCUUUCGAAACAAUCACAUCCUGCCAAUAUGCCAGGUAUUGUCAAAAAUAGUUCUAGUAAUGCACCUCCAUCAAUAGAUACUAAAUCAUGUAUAGCGAAUCUUCGAACAAAUUCAUUUGUUGGGACAGAAGAGUACAUUGCUCCUGAAGUAAUUAAAGGUUGUGGACAUACAAGUGCAGUUGAUUGGUGGACACUUGGGAUUUUAAUAUAUGAAAUGCUGUAUGGAUCCACUCCUUUUAAAGGUCAAAAUAGAAAUGCUACAUUUUCUAAUAUAUUAAGAAACGAUGUAUGUUUUCAUGAAACCGGAAUUCAACAAAUUUCUAGUCUAUGCAAAUCUUUAAUUCGAAAAUUACUUUGCAAAGAUGAAAAUCGACGUCUUGGAUCUAAAGCCGGUGCCACCGAUGUCAAGACCCAUCCCUUUUUUAAAAAUACACAAUGGGCUUUACUUAGGCAUACAACUCCUCCUAUUAUUCCCCAACAAAGUUUUGGUACUGAUACAAUCAAUUUCCGUAAUAUUAAUGAAAGUUUUAGUUUAGAUAUGGAAGGUGAAAAAAUGAUAGAAGUCAAUGGCGAAAAUCCUUUUGAAGAUUUUAAUAGUGUAACCUUACAUCAUGAUGGCGAUGAUUAUAUAGUUUAG